CAGUUGCCGGGCCACGAACGCUCCUGUUCCGGAUAUCAGCUUUCAACUGGAUCGUCGACGGGUCUUCGCCUCUUCCUGCCACGUGAUCGGACUGAGAAAAGUGAGACACGUAAGUGAGUGGUGACGUUUAAAGUGGUGAACGGAUAAGGGACGCAGAGAAAAAUGAAGACUCUCACGUUGUUGCUGGUCCUGGUCACUAUGACUCAGUGUCGCGACCACGAGCCCUUCCAGGUGAUCUUCCAAUGGGACACCAUCGAUUACAACUGGCCAUCCGAGGAGGAACGACAAUUCGCUAUCACCCACAACGAUUACGUUCCCGAAUUGAACGCUAUAGCUGGUAUAAAAAUUUGGAAGAACAAAAUGUACCUGACUAUACCGGGAUUAACCAGCGGAGUACCUGUGGUUCUAGCAGUCACGGCUAGCAUGCCUGUGAACCAAACGACCGCUCCUAAACUCGACGCUUUUCCCACCUGGGAGAUGCAGAAGCUCGGAGAUUGCAGUGCCUUUCAGAUGGUGAUGAGCAUGGAGAUCGAUCCGAAAGGGCGAAUGUGGGUGAUCGAUUCUGGAACGAGAUACGCUUUCGUUUCUAAGACGAAGACCAAGUGUCCUCCGAGAUUGGUGAUCCUGGAUCUCGAGAACAACGGGGAGAUCCUUCGAACUUACGAGUUCCCUGAUCACGUUGUUCGCCAAGGCAAGACCGUGUUGAACGAUCUAGUCUUGGACCACGAAGACGGUGGCAUGGCAUACAUCACGGACAACGAUUACGAGGAUCCAGGUAUAAUCGUCUACUCUCUGAAAAGGAACACCUCCUGGAAGAUCAGACACGACUCUAUGAAAGCUAAACCCGAGGCCUCUCCGUUCAUGGUAGCUAAAACUCCUGUCAGCAUACUUAUGCCUAUCAGUGGAAUCGCCUUGUCUCCAGCUAGCAACCAAGACAGACAAGUGUACUAUUCGCCGCUCUCCUCGUUUCAUCUCUACUCUCUACCGACGUCGGUGCUGAAGGAAAACAUGUCGAACGUGGACGAGCACGUGAAAGAGCUCGGAAGGAAGAAUUCUCAGACCGAUGGUAUGAUGAUGUCAGCGAACGGUGUGCUGUACUUCGGCCUACUAGCCGACGAUGCUGUGGCCAUGUGGGACACCAAACAGUCCACCUCGUUCACCACUGGCCAAAGAGUGAUCGCUAGGGACCACACGAGGUUACAGUGGCCAGACACGUUCGCGUUCGACGAGGACGGCAAUCUCUACUGUGUGACGAACGCGUUGCAGAACAUACUACGGCAACGUGUGAACAGCAGUAUCUCGAAUUAUCGGGUGAUCAAGGCGAAGACCGGAGUGAAGAGUUACCAGUAUUUGGAGGAUGGAUCCGCGCCGGAACAACCAGAUAUACCAACAUCAGGGGCGAGCAGGAUUAACUUCGUUAUAGCCACUGGAUUAACCAUUCUGUUGACCAUUGUCGUGCAGUAACGUCUUUCUCUCCCCCCCCCCCCCCUCUCUCUCUCUCUUGUCCAUUUAUUCGUGUCCCUCUUCUAUACGAAUACGCUCGGGUAUACCAAAGACGUUCGUCUAAUAUCCUUCCAAUUGUACAUCACAGAGAUAUAUAUUAUUAUAUACGUCGCAGUGUUUCUGUGUGACCUGUCUAGAGGUGGUGAUGAAACGGUUUGAAAUUUAGUUUGACCAUUCAAAAUCAGCGAACAUUCAAUUCUCUGUUACAUAUCCUCUCUUCUGAUCUAACUCUGUAAGGUUUCUUCAAUCGUUACGAAGAUCCUCUCGGGAGAGUAUUGACAGUUAAUUCCGAAUUUUUCUACACGUGUAACGUGUUCGCGCAAACACUUGUAGAUCGGCGAUUCGCGGGGCUAAACCUGGGGGAAUCCUGUCAGUUAGGGAAUAAUUGGAUCACAAGAUCGCAUUAAAUCCGACGAGCAACAAUCUAAAGUGAAACAUUAGAUCUCUCGGGUUUCAAGACUGCCAGAGAACGGGUCUGUUCAAUGUCGUUUUGAUUAUAAUCAUCUUCGAGAUUCUCAUCGAUUCAUCCUCUAGUAUAAUAAUUAUCCGGCGUACGCUCUCCUACUAUAUACUCUCGAGCAUGACUCGAUAAACAUACAGAAAAAUACGUGGCAAAAAUGUUAGAAUUUUCUUCGUUUAGACACUCGACGGUAACUUUCGCUGUUAGCAUCGUGUAUUAAUAACGCGAUCAGUAUUCCUCUCGUGCCUCUGUUACAUUAAUCAGGCCAAGAGUGUAAUUGAAUCGCCGAACGUGUUAACAUCGUUGAAACGAAAAGAAUCGCACUUUCGUACGGGGGGAGGGCGAAACUUUUCUACGCGACACACCGUCGCAUUCGCGGUUAAUUGACCCCGAAUUAACAUCGGCCAAUAGCCACUAUUAAAUCUGCCGGGCGAAUUAAGACGCUUCCAGGCCGAUAGCACGAUUACAGCGGGAGAAAAUUCGACGGUGAACGUAAAAUUGUCAAAAACGUUUGUUGCCGCGCGUCGAGGGUUGAAAGGGAAAAUACGGAACGUUUGUGGACGAAGGCCAUUAACGACGAUAGCUGCUGCUAAUCGAGAACCUGUCUCCCGGCGUAGGGGAGAGAAACGAAAUAUCGUCGAAAAGUCUACGGAGCUUAAUGGAGUUACUUAGCUACACGAGAGAUAUGAAGAAUUCGGGGUCGAACAACAGGGCAACGC